AUGCAAGUCAUCACCGCCGAGCGUCCCUCCGCACGCCGCACCCCCUCCACCAACAUCCCCCGCGAGGCCUCCUACCGCCCACACGAAGGCAAGUUCGCCAUCAUCACAGGCGGGUCUCGCGGCAUCGGCGCCGCCAUAGCCAAGAACCUCGCCGUCAAAGGCUGCUCUCUCCUCCUAAUUGACAUCCUCAUCAACUGCGCCGGCAUAGCGGGGAACAAGUCCCUCAACGACACCAAACUCGGCCCGAUCGAAAUAACCCAAUUCAACGCACAAUACCACGUCAACGUCCUCGCCCCUUUACUCCUCACACAAGCAGCCGAGCCCUACCUGCCCAAAGACCGCUCCGGCCGGAUCGUCAACGUCAGCAGUGUCAGCGCCUCCAUCGGCUGCGAAGGCCAGUCAAUCUACGCGGGCACCAAAGCCGCGCUGGAAGCCAUGACGCGCGUGCACGCCCGCGAACUGGCUUCGCGAGCGACAGUCAACGCAAUCAACCCUGGGCCCGUGUGGGGAGACAUGUACGCCCAAGCAGGCAAGGAGUUUUGGGAUGUGAAUCAGAAGUACGUUGAUGGAGCGCCGCUGAUGGAUUAUGAGGAUGCGGAGGAGCAUAAAGUGAAGGCGGGAGGUGGAGAGAAGGGGGAGGAGUAUGAUCGGAUUGUGAGGGAGGGGAUGGGUGGGCGGAGGCCAGCGUGGCCAGAGGAGGUGGCGGGCGUGGUAGGCAUGUUGUGUUCGGAAGAUGGGGGAUGGUGUACGGGGAGUGUGGUUUGUGCGAAUGGGGGGAUGAAGAUGAGUAUUGCUUGA